AUGGCCGGGCGGCUAUACGCCUCUAAAAAGUGGAAGUUGCGUUCAUUUCCAAAAAGGAAAAAUCUGAAUUCUUUCCCCACCAGAAAUCCAGCUUCCUUUCUCAGCAACCAUCUUCUUCAGGACACUGAUGGGAACUCCUUACCCAAACCCCAUUUCUCCUUCCCAAACCCGCAUAGGCUGGAUUGGCAUAGGCGUCAUGGGAGCUGCCAUGGCCUCCCGCCUUCUCUCAGCCGGCUACUCCCUCACCAUCUACGCUCGCACUCCUUCAAAAGCUCAUCCCCUCCAAUCCCAAGGUGCCCAACUGGCCGAUUCCCCAUUUCAACUCGCUCAACUCAGCGACGUCGUCUUCACAAUGGUGGGACACCCACCAGAUGUUCGAUCAAAUAUCCUCGACCCAGAAACCGGCCUUCUCUGGGCCUCCGCCCAAACUCGGUCUCCGUCGACAUGACAAGCAGUCAUCCAGCCCUUGCCCGCGAGAUUUUCAAUGCUGCGCGCGCCAAAGAUUGCUGGACUGUCGAUGCGCCAGUGUCUGGAGGUGACAUUGGCGCUAGAGAAGGCAAACUCGCCAUACUUGCCGGCGGUGAUGCUUCCGUGGUCGAGUGGUUGGCCCCAGUGUUUGAUGUUUUGGGGAAGGUUACUUACGUGGGUCCUGCCGGCUCCGGCCAAAACUGCAAGAUUGCGAACCAGAUUGUGGUGGGGGGGAAUUUGGUGGGGUUGAGCGAAGGGUUGGUGUUUGCCGAGCGGGCCGGGUUGGAUGUGCAGCAGUUUAUGGAGGCGGUGAGGGGCGGGGCAGCCGGGUCGAUGGUGAUGGAGUUGUUUGGGGAUAGGAUUAUAGGGAGGGACUUCAGGCCUGGUGGGUUUGCUGAGUAUAUGGUGAAGGAUUUGGGGAUGGGUGUGGAUGUUGUGGAGGAGAAUGAGGAGGGGAGGGUGGCGGUGUUGCCUGGUGCUGCAUUGUGCAAGCAGUUGUUUUCUGGCAUGGUGGCUAAUGGGGAUGGGAAGCUUGGCGGUCAAGGUCUUAUCACUGUCAUAGAGAGGCUCAAUGGAAAGUGA